AUGGGUACUCAGAAAACACGAACAACUUCUAACCACCCACAAUCUGAUGGAAUGGUAGAAAGAUUUAAUCAGACUUUGGAGAGGUACCUAGCAAAAGUUGUGGAAAAACGGCAACGAGACUGGGACAGGCACAUACAACCGUUUUUGUUGUCAUAUCGAAGCGCUGUUCACGAAAGUACAUCAGUGACACCAGCUUUCGCAAACUUUGGGAGAGAAUUGCGGCUGCCUGCAGACCUGAUCACCGGAAUACCACCUGAUGCCCCACGCAGUAUAACCGAUUAUGCAAAUGACUUGCGGAACAAAAUGAAUGACAUUUAUGAGCACGUCAGACAGACGGGCCGGCAAACGUCUGAGAAGAUGAAAACACGGUAUGACCGCAAAAUGAACAACAAGGGCUUUGAUGAAGGUUCACUAGUGUGGUUACAUAAUCCAGUUCGCAGCAAAGGGAAAUCUCCUAAGCUUCAAGCUAAAUGGGACGGACCGUACCGGAUUGUGACAAGGAUCAAUGACGUAACCUACCGGAUACAGAAAGGUGCCAGAGGUACUCCUAAGAUUGUCCAUGUGGAUCGACUGACGCGUUAUUAUGGGGCCAAUAAUGCUCGGGACGAGCAUGUCUUAGGAGGGGGCAGUGUUACGCGCCACUAUUAA